AUGCCCAACUGGGAAAGCAGCAACCAAAUGGACCUUUGGAUCACCCCUUGGGAAGCCAUGGAGGAAAAGCAAACCAGUGCUGAGUCCAAGAACGAGCCGGCUGCUGACAGUGGCAAUGCUGAUUCGGAUGCGCACGAAAUUGGAGAGGACAAAGCAGCUUUUGGCAUUGAAUCCUUUGAGACCGUGAUGGCAACCUAUGCUGAGCUGCAAGCGAGUGAGGACAAGCAAGACAAAGAGGAUCUGCAGCGAUUGGAAAGGCACAUGACCCAGGCCCGAUCUUUGGUGAAGACCUAUGUGGUUUUGGAGCCUGAGACAAAGAGCGAUGAGGAUCUCCUGGAAAGCUUGAAGCAGUCGGUGGCAGGCAGCGCUUCAGGAGAUGCCGAAAAAAAGACUCAUACACUGGUGUGGUAUGACCAAGCCGAUGCCGGCGAAGCUCAGGUACAGCCACAUUUGCGCGUGCCUGGCCUCAGAAAUCGCGGAGGCCACCUCCAAAGAUUCGUGCGGUUGGUGCGGCAACGAAAAGACCCCAACCAAGACCUUGAUCCACGAGACAUCUAUGCUUUGUGUGACUGCGGCAAGGAUGGAAACAAAGGCAGGUUGAUUGGUGUUUUCUGCCUUGCUCCUGAGCCAGAUGCAGCAGGCAAGCUUCAAAAGCCUGCACCGUGCAAGAAGCAAGUUCGCACCUGGACAGCCACCAUGUCAGAAAGCAGCAUCACCGAAAGGCUUGCCAAGGUCCGUGGAUUCUCGUCCAUCAACCAGAUUCAAAGGAUCCAUCUGAUCACCAGGAACGGAUUGCAGCUCAAUGAGCACCAAAGGCUGCACUCCAAUGGCACGAACCGAGGAAAUUUCCUAGGUCCAUUCACGGCAUCCUCAUGGCAGCAGGACAGUGAUGCCUGGCUGAUGAGGAUGAAAGACAAGUUGGUCUUGCUGGGGAAGCAUGGCGCAAGGAUUGCCGUGGGUGGAAAAGAAGACGACGAUGACAACAUUGAUGCAAGCGAAGGUGACGAUGAUGAAAUGGAAGAGUCUGGGGCCAAGGGAGGCAAACCAAGGGACAAGAACGACAUGGAGCCCUUCUUGUAUCACAGCCCGCCGUCGGCGCUCUGUGAGGAACUCAUCCAAGCCGUCGACCCCGUGGCCGUUGUGGCACUGGCUGGGGAUGGGAGGAUGGCGGAGCUGUGCUUAGAGCGCCGUAUCCCAUUUUUCGGCUUGGCAUUCACGGCCGAACACUGCCAGGCACUCACCGCCAGGCUUGAAGGUCAUCUUGGACAACAACAGCAACCAGCAGGAAGAGGAGACACAGCCUCAGCCCAAGAAGAAGACCUCUCGCAAGAGAAAAACAAGAUUGACCUCUCUGCUGUCAAUGGUGAUGAAGAGGGUGGAGAGCCAGCAGGCAGUGCUGAUGGCCAGAUCGACGGCAACAAUGGCCAAGAUGGGCAAGUUGAGAAGAAGCCCCGCAAACCGAAGGCCAAGGCCAAGCCUGAGACAACGGCUGGCGAUAUGCUUGCGGAGCUGCAGAAGCUGGCCGCAUCGGCCGUCGAGUGCUACCCGUGCCAACCGUACUCUGUGCUGGGCACGGGUGAUGGCUUGGAAAGUGAGGACGGAAAAGUAUUGCUCUAUGUUCUCCAGCGCAUCCGGCUGACACGACCACGAACCUUCUUGUUGGAGAAUGUCGAAAAUUUUCAGAAGUUCAAGAAGGCGUAUGAAUUGGUCAGAGAUGUGCUCAAGGCUUUGAAGGACAUUGGUGGCAAACCAUACUACAAGCUGCAGGCAAGAGUUCUGAACUCGAAGGACCAUGGAGUAGCCCAAUCCCGAGGUCGUUUGUACAUUGUUGGUGUGCAUGAUCCUGUCCGGGACUUCAGAUGGCCGGAACCGCAGGCCCCUGUGUCCCUUGAAUCUGCUUUGGACCCUCAGGAUGGCAGCGGACCAGUAUGGCCUCACAGCAAGACCGAAAUUCGCAACCUCAUCACCUGCUACAAGAAGUUGCAAGACAAGAGGCAACCCAUGAGAUGUGAUGGUAUUGCAGACAUCGGCAUGAGCUCCAAUUGGUGCCAAAGUUCAACCCCUUUCAGCAUUGGUUAUGCUCCUUGUCUGACGAAGAGUAGGUGCGAAAGCAAUGGAUAUUGGUCAUUCAGCCGGCAGCGAAAAUUGCAUUUGAGUGAAUAUUUUCGAUUGCAAGGGAUUUACCCUGGGAGACUUCAGCGCCCGGGGGAUGUCACAGAGGCAAAGAUGCGUGCCAUGGUGGGGAACUCCUUCACUGUUCCAGUGAUUGCAAAAAUCAUGGACCGUUUGUUUUACAGUGCAGGGCUCACAAGUCAGCCUAUAGCCUUCGAUGCAAGCACUGGUGAUGAUGGUGUCUGGUUGUGA